AUAUCGGGGAUCGGGGGGGUGGAUUCAGGGAGACGCUAUUAGCGCUACCAGCAUCAGUCCAUCAGUGGAAACACUCGGCGGGGAAUCUGAACGCAGCCUUGUAUUCUUGAAAUUCCCUACAUAGAGAGUUAAGUUCUGGUUUUCUAACCUCCAAAUUACUCCACGUGAUAUAACACAAUAGUAAACAAAGAUGACCAGGUAUACGAGAGCAAAAGGAUCCAAAGCUUCAAAUGAGAGAUUACCAAAUGAAGCUACACCAUGGCAUAUAAUGAAACAACAAUUAGAGGAGAGCAAAAACAAGAUACCUUUGGAGAAGAAAAAAUCAGCAAGAGAGUUAUUGAAAGAUCAUGAAGACACACACAACAGUAACACUAAUACAAAUAUUCAAGAAUGGGCAGAACUUGAAGACAAUAGAUCCAGGUCUAAUACAAAAAAGCAUAAGAAUUCAAACCAAAAUUUCACAAAAAAUUCUAAAAAUUAUGUAGCAUCUGAAUGUGAUAAUAUACAAAAAUCCCAAGAAUCCAUGUCUAAUACAAAGAAACAUAAGAAUGCAAAUUUAAACCAAAAUCUCUCAAAAAAUUCUAAAAAUGAUGUAGCAUCCAAAGAUAAUAAUGAAUGGAAAUCACAAGAAUCCAAGUCUAACACAAAGAAACAUAAGAAUUCAAAUUCAAAUCAAAAUCUCACAGAAAAUUCUAAAAAUGGUAUAGUAUCUGAAGAUAAUAAUGUACAGAAAUUACAAGAAACGGGAGAUGCAAAAAUUGAAACAGCAAAAAGGAAAACAACUAAAAUUUUUAAGAAAAAGGAACAAACCCUCACUAAUUCAAAUCUGGUAGCCAGUGAAAAAGAAUUAAAUCCUCGACAAAAUUCGAAUUAUGUUGCAUUGAGCAAACGACAGAAGCGGAAUCGAAAAAGGAAGUUAGAAAUGUCUGAACAUGGGUCUAAGAAAUUCAAAAAAGAUAUCUCAGGCAAUAUACAAACGAGAGAAGAAAAAUUGAAGAGAAAAGGAGAAUAUAAAAGGAGAAAACCAGAGAAUACUGGUGUCACGAAAAUAAUAAUCAAUGGUAUAGAAACUGAAAUUGUUAUGUUUGAUGGAUUCCCUGUAAAAAAAGAAGAUGCAGAGAGAUUGGCAGAACUUAAACAAACAAUGAUAAUGAAGGGUAUACCAAAAUCUGAAGUCGAUAUAGCAAUGAAGCUGGAGAGACGCAGGGCUGAGAAAGCCUUGACUCGCAUAAAAAAACUUGUCUGUUUUAAUUGUCGCAAAUCUGGACACAAUCUGUCAGAUUGUCCUGAACUUGAUCGCGAUGAGGCUUGCACAGGUAUUUGUUUCAAGUGCGGCUCAACGGAACACACCCACUUCGACUGCAAAGUCAACAAGGAUUCCACCUAUAGAUACGCCAAGUGCUUCAUCUGCCGCGAGCAGGGUCACAUUGCCAUGCAAUGCCCUGACAAUCCCAACGGAAUGUAUCCUCAUGGUGGUUGCUGCAAAAUUUGCGGAGCUGUAACGCAUCUAAAGAAGGAUUGUCCUGACUUGAUAAAUGCAAAGGAACAGAGCGCCGUUACUGUGGAAAAAAUGGACGAAUCUGCCGUGGAAUCUUUACAGGAGAAUACAAAAGAGAAAUACGAAAAAGAGAGUAGUAAAAUACGUAAAAAUAAGAUAAUCAAAUUUUAAAUAAUAUCUUUAACAGUACAUAUUUACUGUCUUGUAUUAUCUUACUAUUCCUUUUUACUAAAAAAUUAUUUGCGUUUUACAUAAAUUUAACAUAAAAAAUAAGAUAAAAAA